CGGGCACACUGACAGUAUGGCGGCGGGGUGCAGCUGGAAGGAUGCUACUGUCGCCCGUCAUGUGUCUGUCGCCGGCAGGACGUGAAUGGACUAUCGACGGCGAAACCACGAGAGGAAUUAGCAAGAAAGGCUCGUCGCCGUGAGCUCCGCCAUGGCCCGGCUCGCGGACUACUUCGUCGUGGUCGGUUACGACCUCGACAAGCGAGUGGAGGGUGAAGGUCAAGGUUGCAUUCUCCAGCGGUUUCCUGAGAAAGACUGGGAGGACAGCCCGUUCCCACAAGGCAUCGAGCUGUUCUGUCAGCCCAGCGGGUGGCAGCUGGUCCCCGAGCGGCAGCCCGCCUCCUUCUUCGUUGCGGUUUUGACCGACAUCAACUCGGACCGUCACUACUGUGCCUGCUUCACCUUCUGGGAGGGGCUGGACAACCCGCAGCUGCAGAAGACCGAGGCCGGCGUGGCGGACGAGGCGGACGAGGAGCCCGCCGGCGUCCAGCCGGCUAAAGUUUUCGCCCCCAAGAGCCUGGUGCUGGUGUCCCGGCUGGAUCACACAGAGGUGUUCAGGAACUGCCUGGGUCUGAUCUACACGGUCCACGUGGACAGCCUCACUGUCCCCCUGGAGACGGUGAUCGGAAAUCUCCUCACAUGUGUCAUCCCCAUCGCCGGAGGCUCCCAGAGGACCAUCACGCUGGGCGCCGGCGACCGCCAAGUCAUCCAGACGCCCAUCAACGACUCGCUGCCCGUCAGCGGCACCAGCGUGGCGCAGCUCUUCAGGCAGCUCGGCAUCAUCAACGUUCUCUGUCUGUUCUGCGCCGCCCUGACCGAGCACAAGAUCCUGUUCCUGUCCAGCAGCUACCAGAGGCUGACGGACGCCUGCCGGGGUCUCCUGGCCAUCAUGUUCCCCCUCAAAUACAGCUUCACCUACAUUCCCAUCCUCCCGGGGAAACUCCUGGAGGUCCUGAGCACGCCCACGCCCUUCAUCAUCGGAGUCAACUCCUUCUUCCGCUCCGAGACGCAAGAGCUGUUGGACGUGAUCAUCGCCGACCUGGACGGAGGCACGGUGACCAUCCCCGAGUGUGUCCACAUCUCCCCGCUGCCCGAGCCGCUCCUCCAGCAGACGCAGACCGCUCUCUCCAUGGUUUUGGAUCCAGAGUUGGAGGUGUCGGAUCACGCCUUCCCCCCACAGUCCACCCAACCCUCUGCGCUCAAGAUCCAGGAUAAGGAGAUCCGAGGCGUCUUCCUGUGGCUCUUUGCGCGGCUCUUCCAGGGCUACCGCUGGUGUUUACAUAUCAUCCGCAUUCACCCAGAGCCUGUCAUCCGCUUCCACAAGGCGGCCUUCCUGGGCCAGCGGGCGCUGUCCGAAGACGACUUCCUCAUGAAGGUGCUGGACGGCAUGGCGUUCGCCGGCUUCGUGUCGGAGAGGGGUCCUCCCUACAGAUCCACAGACCUCUUCGACGACCUCGUAGCCAAUGAGGUGGAGCGGAUCCGGCAGGAGGAGGCGUGUCCACACAAGGUCAUGAGCCACGUCAAGGAGCUGGCCGAGCAGCUCUUCAAAAACGAGAACCCGUACCCCGCCGUGGCCAUGCACAAAGUCCAGCGGCCGUCGGAAAGCAGCCAGGGCGCCGCGCAGACGCAGACGUCCUUCCCGGCGCUGGACGAGGUCGCCGUGCAGCUCUUCAUCGACCACGCGGCCGCCAAGCUCAAGACCGCGCCCCCCGUGGUGAAGGCCGAGCUGAAGGGCAUGGUGCCGUCCGGACCGCCGCUGGGAGACAUCGUGGACAGGAACGGAAACGUGAUGGCGAACAGCGCCCGCAGGCUGGAGGUGGUCCGCAACUGCAUCACGUACAUCUUUGACAACAAGAUGCUGGAGGCCAAGAAGCUGAUGCCGGCGGUCCUGCGGGCGCUGAAGGGCCGGGCGGCGCGGGUCUGUUUGACCCAGGAGCUCAACCAGCACGUCCUGCAGAACCGGGCCGUGCUGGACGACCAGCAGUUCGACUACAUCGUCCGCAUGAUGAACUGCACGCUGCAGGACUGCUCCCACAUGGACGAGCACGGGAUCGCGGCCGCCCUCCUUCCUCUGGUCACGGCGUUUUGCAGGAAACUGGGCGCGGGCAUCACCCAGUUCGCCUACAGCUGCGUGCAGGAGCACACGGUCUGGACCAACAUGCAGUUCUGGGAGGCCAUGUUCUACAGCGACGUGCAGAACCACAUCAGAGCGCUGUACCUGGAGACGGAGGACGGCGAGCAGCACAACGCGGCGGAGCAUCCGGACGGCGGCGGCGGGCGGGAGGUCGGCGCCCUGGAGCUGGCGUCGGAGCAGAGCCGGCUGUGGCCCACGCUCAGCAAGGAGAUGCAGUCUGAGCGCGUGCAGAAGGAGGAGAGCACCGUGUUCAGCCAGGCCAUCCACUACGCCAACAGGAUGAGCUACCUGCUGCUGCCGCUCGACACCAGCAAGAACCGGCUGCUGCGCAGCUCCGGCCUCGGCGACGUGGAGAGCGUCAGCAACAGCUACGUCACCAACAGUAUUGCGGGCAGCAUGGCGGAGAGCUACGACACGGAGAGCGGCUUCGAAGACGCCGAGAGCUCCGACGUGGCCAACUCGGUGGUGCGCUUCAUCAACCGCUUCGUGGACAAAGUGUGCAACGAGAGCGGCGUGACCAACGAGCACCUGAAGGCGCUGCACACCAUGAUCCCAGACAUCGUUCAGAUGCACAUCGAGACGCUGGACGCCGUCCACCGGGAGAGUAAAAGACUUCCUCCCAUUCAAAAGCCCAAGCUGCUGAGGCCGACGCUGCUGCCCGGGGAGGAGCUGGUGAUGGACGGCAUGCGGGUCCACCUCAUCCCGGACGGCCGCGAGGAGGCCACGGGGCUGAUGGGAGGCCCGCCGCUCCUGCCCGCCGAGGGCGCCAUCUUCCUCACCACCUACCGCCUCAUCUUCAAGGGCACGCCCACCGACCCCCUGGUCGGCGAGCAGAUCGUCACACGCUCUUUCCCCGUCGCCUCCCUGACGAAGGAGAAGAGGAUCUCCGUCACGUUAACCAUGGACCAGUUCGUCCAGGAGGGGCUUCAGCUGCGAUCGAGCACCUUCCAGCUCAUGAAGAUCGCCUUCGACGAGGAGGUGGCGUCCGACCUGGCCGAGGUCUUCAGGAAGCACAUGCACAAGCUGCGCUACCCGCAGCACGUCCAGGGAACCUUCGCCUUCACCGUGGGCCAGUCGGGCAAGAUGGUGGUGGAGCACAAGGUCAAGGACAAGAACCAGUCGCUCAAGACGCUUUCCAAACACCUGGUGAAGACGGCCAAGCGGACCAUCGGCCGGCAGUACGUGACCCGGAAGAAGUACUCGGCGCCCACCUGGGAGAACCGGAGCAGCUUCCAGUCGGAGCUGGACGAGGACGAGAUCUCAGUGUCGGAGGAGGCGGACCAGAGCACGCUCACCCUGUCCUCCACCAUCCGCUCGUCGGACCGCCAGACCAUGAGCAACGUGGUGGAGCGCGCCUGCUGCCGCGACUACCAGCGCCUGGGCCUGGGCACGCUCAGCAACAGCCUGACCCGCUCCAAGAACGAGCCCUUCAGGAUCUCCACCGCCAACCGCAUGUACACCGUGUGCCGGAGCUACCCCGGCCUGCUGAUCGUGCCUCAGAGCAUCCCCGACUCCACCAUCCAGAGGAUCUGCCGCUGCUACCGGCAGAACCGCUUCCCCGUGGUGUGCUGGAGGAACUCCCGGACCAAGGCCGUGCUGCUGCGCUCCGCCGGCCUGCACGCCAAAGGCGUGGUGGGCUUCUUCAAGUCCCCCAACGCCCCCACUGCAGUGCCGUCCCAGGCCGACUCCACCAGUCUGGAGCAGGAGAAGUAUCUGCAGGCCAUCAUCAGCUCCAUGCCUUCGUACAGCGAGAGCAGCGGCAGGAACACGCUGAGCGGUUUCACCUCCACGCACAUGAACACCUCCGACUCGUCCGAUAAGCUGCGGCAGCCGAAGAUCGGCGCGCUGAUGAAGCAGGUGAUGGGAACCAAGGAGGACGUUCCCGGGACGUUCAGCAGAGGAGCUCUGGGUCAAAGGGCGAAAGUCAUCUCCCUCUCUCAGCCCAAAGUGUCUGGCAAGGCCAGGAACCCCCCUAGAGGUAAAUGGGGCAGCAUCCGAGGCAGCGGGCGUCUAAGUGCCUACAACCCCGACGUGGGGACGCGGCUGGCCGGGAAGGAGUCUCCGCAGCCCAACGGCGGGCCGAGCGAGGCGCUGUUCCUCCGCCAGCAGAAAGCCUACCUCUACAUCAUCGGAGACAAGGCGCAGCUCAAGGGGGGGAAGCAGGACUCCUUCCAGCAGUGGGAGGUGGUCCCCAUCGAGGUGUGCGACGUGCGGCAGGUGAAGAACAGCUUCAAGAAGCUGAUGAAGGCCUGCGUGCCCAGCUCGCCUGCCGCCGACCCCAACAUGAGCUUCCUGCGCUGCCUGGAGGACUCCGAGUGGAUGGCGCUGCUCCACAGGGUGCUGCAGGUGUCGGUCCUGGUGGUGGAGCUGCUGGACACGGGCUCGUCGGUCAUGGGUCAGCCUGGAGGACGCUGGGACGUCACCACACAGGUGGUGUCCCUGGUGCAGCUGCUGUCGGACCCGUACUACCGGACGUUCGACGGCUUCCGGCUGCUGGUGGAGAAGGAGUGGCUGUCGUUCGGACACCGCUUCAGCCACCGCGGCGCGCAGACGCUGGGCAGCCAGAGCAGCGGCUUCACGCCCGUCUUCCUGCAGUUCCUGGACUGCGUGCACCAGAUCCACCUGCAGUUCCCCAUGGAGUUCGAGUUCAGCCAGUACUACCUGAAGUUCCUCGCCUACCAUUACGUCUCCAACCGCUUCCGCACCUUCCUGCUGGACUCGGACUACGAGCGCAUCGAGCUGGGCGUGCUGUACGAGGAGAAAGGCGACCGGCGGAGUCCUCAGGUCUGCAAGUCGGUGUGGGAUUACAUCGACCGGCUCCACAAGAAGACGCCCGUCUUCUACAACUACAUGUUCUCUCCGGAGGACGAGGAGGUGCUGCGGCCGUACGCCUUCAUCUCCAACCUGAAGGUGUGGGACUUCUACACGGAGGAGACGCUGUCCGAGGGGCCGUCCUACGACUGGGAGCUGAGGGGCCGGCCGGAGCGCCCGGCCGACGAGGCGGCGGCGGCGGACAAGGCGGACGGCGGCGCCGGGCCCAAGUCGCAGCGGCGCGUCGUGUGGCCGUGCUACGACCCGCUGGGCCGGGUGGUGCCCGACUCCAUCAGCAAGCUGCUGCAGGACCUGCAGAGCCUGGAGGCGGAGCUGGGACACGCCCCCGACAGGUGGAAGGACACCUGGGACAAGAUGAAGAGCGCGCAGAGGGCCGAGGCCAAGCUGGAGAGCAAGCCGUCCUUCUCCAGCUCGCUGCUCAUGGCGUCCAACCUGAGCCACCAGCGGCGCUCGCAGGGCGUCUACCUGCAGGAGAGCGGCGUGGGCUCCUCCAUCAACCUGGCGCUGGACUGCGAGGCCAGCGCCACCUCCACGCCGGCGGCGGGCCGGCCCAGCACCAGCACGCUGUACAGCCAGUUCCAGAGCACGGAGAGCGAGAACAGGAGUUUCGAAGGCAUCCUGUUCAAGAAGGGGGCGCUGCUGAAGCCGUGGAAGCCGCGGUGGUUCGUGCUGGAUAAGACCAAACAUCAGCUGAGAUACUACGAGAGCCGGCAGGACAAAGAGUGCAAGGGCGUGAUCGAGCUGGCGGACGUGGAGUCGGUGACGGCGGGGACGCCGGCCAUGGGGGCGCCCAAGAACAUCGAGGAGAAAGCCUUCUUCGAUCUCAAGACGACCAAACGAGUGUACAACUUCUGCCAGGACAGCCUGAACGCUCAGGUGUGGAUGGACAGCGUCCAGAGCUGCCUGUCGGACGCCUGAGCGCCGGGACGGAGGGGCCGUCCUCCGCUCGGCUCCGAACACCAGAGUCCAACUAAUAACCUCCGAGUCGCAACGUUUCAGUGUUUUUGUUAUAAAAAAAACAGAAAAUUAAAAAAAAACAGAGACAGUCUGACCACUAGGAGCUGGACGUCUGAAGCACGUCGUCCUGCAGCAUGAAGAUCCUUCCAGAGCCUCCGCCGCCGCCCCGCCCCCCACUAACGCCCUUUAAUAACCUCAUCCAGGAGGAAUGACGGAGGAGCUGCAGACGUGUCGGGGUGGGUGGGGGGGGGGGGGGGGGGGGGGGGGGGCUCCUCGAAACGGUUCGUGAAGGACUUCUUUAAAUUUUCGUACCAGGCGAAGGAUGGGGGGGCGACACACUGUGAAAGCCGUGAAUCGGAGAUUCGUCAGGUAUCUGAGAGUGUCGGUGAACUUUCACUGAGAGUGUUUACAAAGUGGACAGAACCCCGACCCCCACCCCCACUAAGCUCCGCCCCCCCCCCCGCCACGUUCUUAAUCAACCACUAUUAACCGAGGGACACUGAAGGAAAACAGGAGGGAUUUAUUUUAUAACUCACGAGAACAGUCUGGAGGAAGAGCGCCGACCGACAGAGAUUAUUUAUGGAGGAAGGAAGGGGGCGGGGCUUCGGACCGCCCGACCUCCCUGAACCUCGACGGAGGUCCUGAAGACGCAUUUGGCUUUUUUAAAAGGUACAGUUUGACGCCCCCGGCAGCGGGUCCCUGUAAUUCCACCUCCUGCCACCAGAUGGCGAACUGCCGGCCUUCGGGAGACUCGGUGCUGCCGCCUGCUGCACACAGGUGGAAUUACAUCAACAGAUUGUACCUUUAGAGGAGGUCAAAACGUGCAAGAAGCUAAGUUUAAGCCUGGAGGUUUCCAUCACGCCACUCACUUCCUGUUCGAGACCCCUCCUCCACACACACACACACACACACACCCGUUAACCCCCCUGCUCUGUAAGAUACGGUUGUACUGCUGUCUUUGAACAUAAAAUUGUAGAUUUUUUUCUUUUUUUUUUGUUUUUUGUUGUCUAAUAACUCCUUUGUACAUACUACUCCAGAUUUGUAUGUAACGUUUAUUGUAGUAAUUUAUUUAACUUGUCUCCUCAGUUCCUGAAAGCACCACUUCAUUUUUGAAAGAAAAAAAAAACAAUUUAGGAAUUCAAUGUGCCAUUUUGUUUUAUUUCUGUAUUAAUGUGACUAAUGCUCAUGUUUUUUGAAGAAAAUGUUAAACCCUCACUUCCCUCUUUUUGUUUUUUUGUAAACACGGCUGUCUCAUUAGCGAGAGCGGAAGUGCGGGGGUGUCUCCUUCGGCCCGAGACCGCAGUUCAGAUGCACGUGGGAGAUUUUUUUUUGGCCACGCCCACCCGUGAUGUCAUAGCACUUAUAUGCAAAUUAGGUUCAUUUCCGAGUCGUUUAGCGCCUGUUAACGAUGUGACGGUCACAGGUGAACAC